AUGAACGGCCAUUUUCUUCGCUCACAGCGUUGGCUCCGUUUGUUUCAGCUCUACAGCUUGCUAGCUGUAACACAGUCUGUUGAUUACUACCGACUGCUAGGCGUUUCACGGCGUGCAUCACCACAGGAAAUCAAAAAAGCCUACCGUCAAAAAUCGUUGGAACAUCAUCCCGAUAAAAACAAAGAUGAGAAUGCGGCUGGAGUAUUCGCGGAAAUUAACCGAGCGUAUGAGGUUCUCGCGGACGACGAACUCAAGAACAUAUAUGACCGCAGUGGGGCACAAGGCGUUACUGAUUUUGAGCAAAGAAACCGUAACAACAAUCACGGCGUUGAUGAGGAUUACUUUUACAGUGAGCAGCCGCGGCCUAAAACGGAAACAGUCUCGUUUCCUCUCAGCGUCACACUGGAACAGAUGUACUCGGGUGACUCAUUUGAUAUUCAAUAUAAUCGCCAAACGCUAUGCGUAGAUUGGGAAAUGUGCAUCAAGCGGGACAAUUCAUGCCAUAGCAACGGAAUGCGGAUGCGGAUUCAAAGAUUUGGACCUAGCUUUCAACAGCAAAUUAAAUCUCGAGACGACCGCUGUAUAGCACCUGGAAAAAGAUGGGUGGACCAAUGCAGUCACUGCUCGAGCAUGACUUCGAAAAAGGGCAAAAUGCUUAAGAUUGAGAUUCCACCAGGCGCUCGGAAAGGGCAACGUCUUACCUUUGCUGGCAUGGCGGACGAGCGUGCCGAGCACGAUACCGGUGACUUGGUAUUUAUUCUAGAACAGCAACCUCACGAAGUCUUCCGAAGGGAUCACGAUGAUUUACAUUUGACUGUGCAAGUGCCAUUAGUUGAUGCAUUGACCAACUUUUCAACGACGCUGAAUACGGUCGAUGGCCAACCAUUUAAUAUUCACAAGGAUGGUGUGAUAGAUACCGGAGAUGUUCUGAAGGUGCCAGGAAUGGGAAUGCCUAACCGAAGUCGGCCACGACAAAAGGGAGAUUUACAUGUCAAAUUCGAUGUGGUUUUUCCGGAGGAGUUAUCGCUCCGGCAAAAAGAAAUGAUACGUCAGGCAUUC